GUGCAGCUAGAGUAAGUGGGUAUGCAGAAGUGGCUGUAGCUUACGAAACGUAAACAAAUUGUCAUCAUGUAGCCAAACCACAGGUUUUGUGCGAGAGGGUCGACUGAAACAUAAGGUUAUGGAUUCCAGCCUCCCUCAUCUCCUCCUUGUCAUCCUGAUCGGCCUGGUCCACUGCUCUCUUGACAAUCGUCACCACAACAGUACUCGUCACCAUGAUUACUGUGUGCUCGGAGCUGGGCCUGCCGGUCUGCAGAUGGGACACUUCCUUUCCAAGACUAAGAGAGACUACAUCAUCUUGGAGAGGAACUCAGGACCCGGUAGCUUCUUUAACAUAUAUCCCAGGCACAGGAGGCUCAUAAGCAUCAACAAGAUCUACACUGGGAGACGGAACCGUGAGUUCAACCUGCGGCAUGAUUGGAACUCGCUGCUGAGCGACAGACCCGACCUCCUGUUCCAGCGAGUCAGCCAGGAGCUCUACCCGGAGGCUGAUGCCUACCCACUCUACCUGUCCAUGUUUGUGAAGGAGCUCGGGCUGAGGGUCAGCUAUGGCGUGGACGUUGGAAAGGUCAGGGCAGCGCAGUCGGCUACAGGCAGGAGCUACAUACUGACUGAUCAGCGUGGGUUUGACUAUACAUGCAGGGUCCUCCUGGUGUCCACGGGGUUGUGGGAUCCUCAGAAGGUGCAGUUUGUUGGUUCUGACCUGGUUGAGGGCUAUGAGUCCAUAUCCACAGACCCUGAGGACUACAAGGACCAGGCCAUACUUAUUUUGGGAAAGGGGAACUCGGCCUUUGAAACAGCCCAGAGCAUCCUGGGACGAGCAAGUCGAAUCCACAUCUACAGUCCCAGCACUGUUCGACUGGCUUGGCAAACGCAUUAUGUUGGAGAUCUCAGGGCUGUUAACAAUGAGCUGCUAGACACAUACCAGCUGAAGUCCCUUGACGGGCUGGUGGAGGGGGGCCUGGAAGACAUUGCUCUUGUCCAACAAAAGGAGAAUGAGCCGAGGCGAUCAGGCAGAAAGCAGAGCAAGCGGAGACCCGCUGGGGAGAAGAAGAGAGGCCAGUUGUACCUGACCCUCACGGAGCUCCUGAAUAACAAUGAAGGGAAGAACAGCUCCAGAGUGACAGCAGCCAACCUGCCAGCGUAUCACAGUGACAACUUCUCCCUGCGGCGUCCCUACGACCGCGUGAUUCGAUGCUUGGGCUUCCGAUUCAACUUCAGCAUAUUUGACGGCUCUGCCCGCCCACCAAACAGUGAGGGGGCUAGAGGAAGGUUGCCGGGGGUGUCAGCCUGGUAUGAGGGGCGUGGCACGCCAGGCCUGUUUGUGCUGGGAACUGCUGCCCACUCCAGAGACUACCGCUCCUCCGCUGGGGGGUUCAUCCACGGCUUCCGAUACACAGUGCGAGCUGUACAUCGUGUACUUGAGCAUCGUUACCAUAGAAACCCAUGGCCAUCAACAAAACUGUUGACAACUCAGCUGCAGUCCUGGAUUCUGAAGCGGGUCAAUGAGGCCUCGGGGCCGUACCAAAUGUUCGGGGUGCUCGGAGAUGUCAUACUACUUCAGGGCUCUCACUGUGAGUACCUGGAGGAGUUUCCGGUCCAGGCUUUGCCACACUUCUCCUCUCUCUCAGGCCAUGACGUCUCCAGGCAUGGACUGCUGGUGCUGCUCAUGCAGUACGGGCUGAAUCACACCGACUCUCUUGGGCCUGACAGGUCAGAGUCGGAGUGGAAACAAGCCUGGAAGUCCAACUUCCUGCACCCUGUUUUGUACUACUAUGAUAAACUCCCUACUGAGAAAGACAUGAGACGCCGUCCCCCUGGUUGGCAAUUGCCACGGCCCAAGGCAAUUCAUCACAUGAUUGAGGACUUUUUAACAGAGUGGGACCGUCCCAUAUCUCACAUCCAGCCGCUGCGACGCUUCCUGGAACACUGUGUCCAGACUGAUCUCAGGGCCUUCUAUGCAGAAUCAUGUUUCCUUCUAUCCCUUACCCAUCGCAAGCCACCUCUGUUUUGUCGCCAAAGCUACCUGAAGAAGCGGGGUGUUGUUGGCAGCAGUCAGCUGUGGCAGCAUGCUCACGGUGCUGGGCUGAUGCCUGCCGAGCAGGACUCAGAUGCAUCAGAGGCCAACCCCUCGUUCCCAGAUUACUUGACCCGAGCUGGAGCUGCCAUGACUUCAGGACUGAAACCAGACUUCUGAUUGUUUCACCCAAAGCUAUGCCUGUGACCGCUUUUUUGGCAGAUUCUCUACCUUCCUCGCCGAUGACAAUUCACCUCAUACUACCAAAUAUUUUGUCUGAGGCUCUGUCUCCACCUGGCUUUAAUAUGCACCUUUGGUGAUCUGAACACAAGUGGCCAGCUGUCAGUCCGUCUGUAGCGUUAAAAUGUGUAUCCAAAUGCAUCUCAGCUGCCCUCUUGUUAUCGGAUCUCACUUUUCUGCUCUUUAUUUAAAUCGACACGUAUCCUUUCAGAGAGAGAGAGAGACGGAGCUCGUGAUUGUCAUAUGCACAGUAAAACAGGCGGUUACACCAUACAAUGAAAUAUGUACUUUGCUAAUCCUCCUUCCAAACAAAAAAUAAAAGUAAAUUUGAAUUUAACAGGCUGUAGGUAUUUAACAAAAGGAGACAGCCUUGCUCACUCCAGCCUCAUUUUAAUCUGGCUGUCAGUCACUGAAGAUGUAUUUCACAUCUGUUACAGCUCGACGCGAUCACGUUCAGGCUCAGAUUAUUUAAUUAUUUUGGCAGGUCUGAGAGGGUUCUCACUUAGGUGAAUAAAUCAACUUGUAAUAUUUCUGUAGUAUUCCCGUAGUAACUCUGUCAUGUCUAUGGUUAGAAAGAAUGUGUUUUGUCGUGCCGGGGUACAAAAUUUAAGAAAGGCAGCUGUGUUUUUUUUUUUUGUUUUUUUUUUUUUUUUUAAAUAUUGUCUAUAAAUAUUUUAGAGGCGGUCCUUCAAUGCGUCCUGGGACAAGUCUGUUUACACUUCUAAUGCAAUGCGAACAAAAGCAUCGCAGGCCACAUCUGAAUGUGCCCUUAGCAUCUGGAUCUCAGGAUGCGUUGUGGAUGUGUUUCAACUUAGAGGUGUCAGUUUGUGAUUGGAGCACACAGGACGGAUGUUAAUACCAGGUGGAAACAGGGUCUUAGUCAGUGGACAGGUACAUUGUCCCCUUGACUGCUCAAAGCUCCUUUGUUAAUUCUCGCAAGAGAUUGGUCCAUAACAUUACAGUGUGCCAUUUUUUUGUAAGAUGAAAAUGUAUAUGUGAAAGCUUAUGUACUGUGAUUAAAGCUAUAAAGGGGGAAUGUGGGUUUAUAUAUGAAAUUCUACCAAUCAUGCAACAUUUAUUUUUAAUACAAUGUACAUUGAUUCAGAUGUAAAGUUUACUUUUCCUGCUAAAUAAAUGCUUUAAAGAGAGACUACA